UCGACAGAAUAAACUCUAAACAAUAAAAUAAACUUCACUUUCGAGGUGCUAUUCCCAGUACUUACUUCAAUUUUUAAAUGGCUGCCACGUCUAUGGAACGUUAUCUUCAAGUGCUCUAUUCUACUGUUGAUGCAAAGAAAACGCCACUGCCUACUUCGUGGAGCAGUACAGAUAAAAACAACUAUAUUAAACUUUCUAACAUGCACCGGAGAGCCCAUUACAAAGGGUAUUCACGUUCAAUAAAAGACACUGCAUGUGUGAGAAGUGAUCACCCUAUACCUCUUGCUUGCGGUCUCUACUAUUUUGAAGUCAAAGUUAUUGACAAAGGAUUAAAAGGGAGCAUUGCCAUUGGUGUUGGAACUAGAGAAAUGAAUUUAAGCAUACUUCCUGGAAUGGACAAGAAUUCUUUUGGCUACCUUGGCAACUGUGGUGGAAAAUUCUGGGGAUCAGAAGUGGGUACAGCCUAUGGACCUUCUUUCACUACCAAUGACACAAUCGGUUGCGGCGUUAACCUAGUUAAUCGCCAAAUCUUUUUUACAAAAAAUGGAAAAAAUCUUGGUGAAGCAUUUUCCGGCUCUCUUUUUGACGCGUCUUCAGUUUUAGGGUUGUACCCUACAGUUGGUCUCCAAACCACGGGAGAAGUUGUAGAGGCAAAUUUCGGGCAGUCACGCUUCAUGUAUAACAUCGAAAAAGACAUAAAUGAACUAAAGAAGAAAACUGCCUCCUCAAUUACUGAAUUUCCUAUACCAAAUGAGCACACUGAGAUGCCAGCCGUGUUUCAAAGCUGGGUGUUUUCAUAUCUAAUGCACCAAGGAUACUAUUCUACAGCUGAAGCAUUGGCGCGCAGUACUGGCCAAAAAUUGGGUGAGGAAGAAUCAUCGAUGAAAAGCAGACAACGAAUCCAAGGUCUGGUUUCAAGUGGAAAAAUAGGAGAAGCAAUUGACGUGACUCAAGCAUGUUUCCCUACGUUCCUGGACUCGCAUCCCAAUUUAUUCUUUUUACUGAAAGUCCACCAUUUCGUGGAACUGAUUGACACUUUGAAUCCUAAAUCUUUCUUAGCUGCAUUGAAAGCCGCCCAUGCCUGUUUGUUUGUAUCGCAAGAUGAAGCGGAAAAAGAUGUGGAAAUGAAGGAAACCUCUUCACGUGAUUCCCACUCGGACAUUACGAUGGAUACAGCCAAAGAUGAUAAUCUUGAAAUUGAAGUUGAUGGUCCGGGGCCCAGCAACGCGUUCGCUACCCAAGGUAGUAUUUACAGGAGACGAAGCCGCCGAAUUCACGGCCGUUUGGAUCGCAAAGCUGUUAUGGAAACAAUUGAGUUAGAAAGAGAGUUGAAGAGUCAGAAGUUCACACCAGAAGAUCGCAGAGCUGUUAUGAAAACAAUUGAGUUAGGAAGAGAGUUGAAGAGUCAGAAGUCCACACUAGAGGAUCAAUAUGGAGUGAAUGACGCCAAUAACAACUUACUUGCUAAAGCCUUUAAUUCACUAUCGUACACUUACCGCCUGUUGGAAGGUCCUUUGAGUGAACUCGUCGACCCGAAACAGCGAGAAGUGUUGGCUGAUACACUCAACUCCGCCAUUUUGGAAGCGAAUCAGUUGCCCAAAAAAUCAAUUUUGCGGUUAGCUAUGGCACAUGCAAAAGAACUACAACAGACAAUGGCCCAAAACGGUAUCGGAGCGUCGGCAUUCGCAAGCAUCGAUGAAUCGUUUUAG